GACACACAUCUUCAAGAGUCGUCUCUAUCAGGUAAUAGUGAUAGUGUGCAUUUUACAAUAGGGUAUAAUAUCGCUCCAACCAACCAAAACCCUCCCCUUCCACACCAGAGUCGACAAUCCUAUAUAUAGAUCACCGGUCACGGGGCACGAUUUGGUCACGAAUGGUUUUCAGUUUCAACCCGGCCGUCGGACACUGUCGCUUUGGCGUCAGUUAUUGCUGUGAGACGAUUGCCGGGGACGCAUAUGAGCUACUAACUGUAUGGACAUCGGACAAUGUUUACAUGUCAAGAGAUAUGAUAUCCCGAAACGUUGUGCACAUUGUACAACAAAGCGUGACAUGGAACACGCGUCUCUGCUGAAGAUGGACGACAUAUUGUCAAGUGGAUACUGAUGACACACUCCUCGAACACGUAAUGUUUCGCGAAACCUGGAGAUGUCCUCGUCAGAAACGGAACUUCCGCCUCUUUGGCCUUGUCGCCAUCGUCGCUCUACUGCUGUCGCUGCAGGCUCUACUAACGCCGCCAGUAGAGACGUGGUUACCCAGAAUUCUCAAACACGCUCCCCGGAAACGAGGAACAUUUGUGCAGAAAUUCCCCAAAACCAGAACCAACUUGAACAGAACAUUACAGGUCCUGCUUUGGACGCCAUGGUUUGGUGAUGCAUCCUGGGUAACUGACUUUUCGUCCGCAUUUUCAUCCUGCCCAGUGUCCGACUGUGUGUUGACCAGCGACAAGUCGACCAUAGCUCACAGUCACGCUGUAGUGUUUCAUGCCAUGGAUUUACUGAAUUCUUUCAUAGGAUACCCCAUGCCAGAAUAUCGUAGGACAGACCAAGUGUGGGUUUUGUAUAACAUCGAACCGCCUCCUAACAUUGCCAAAGACUUCCGGUCGUACGGGGACGUGUUCAAUUGGACGCUAAUGUACAGGGAGGACAGCGACAUACAGCUGCCGUAUUUCCAAAUAGAGAAGCUGCCCCAGAAACUGACCAAAGUAAAGGACAUUGCUGCCACAAAAACAGCAGGGGUCUACUGGGUGGCCAGUAACUGUGGUGACCAAGCAAGACGACAGAUGGUAGUGAGAGAAUUACAGAAACACAUCCAAGUAGAUACGUAUGGGAAAUGUGGGGAUUAUGAAUUAAAUAACAUGGCUGACACAAAGCAUUACAAAUUUUAUAUGGCUUUAGAAAAUUCAUACUGCCGUGACUAUAUAACUGAAAAGUUUAGUGCUUCACUGGCUAAGUGGCAGAUCCCUAUUGUUGCUGGGGGCGGGGACUACAACAAGGUGGCGCCCCCGCACUCCUUCAUUGACAUCAGCGACUUCAACACCCUCCAGGAGCUGGCAGAGUACCUCAGGUAUCUGGACAAGAAUGACACUGCUUAUAACAGUUAUUUUGACUGGCACCGAGAAUAUCGCCUGAUCGGGAGCAAUCACAUCGAGAAUUUGUUCUGUAAGCUGUGCGAAGCUCUCCAUGAUAAGACCCGCCCACAUCAGACUUACACGGAUAUACAGGGAUAUAUAGAGGACGACACAUGCCAGCAAUGGACGCUACCUGGGUUCCUCUACCAACACAUACAAGGUUACGGCAUCAAGCUGGGUGUGAUAUGACAUUCUGACGUCUCUUUGACGGUUGGAAGUUCGCCUACAAAUUCUUACUGGGUUCCAGUCAAGCAACGUGUGUUGGAUAUGGCGAUAUUAAAACACAAAGCUAGUUUGUCCUCGGUAUCCACUGAAACGGAGUAAAAUUUCUUCAGUUCCAAAUUUUCAUCCGAAGUGCAAUUUGUUGUAUGUAUCGCACAAAGCUAAUGCAGAUAUGCCUCCGUGCUUGUUUACAUUCGUCAAUACAGGUUCUGCGCAUGUGUGUUACCCUGAUAAGCUGAGAAACCAGUGCUAAAUCACCUAUUUUACCCACAAGCCUAUGCGAUGCUUGUGUUCCGGUUUGGAAUGUUUCCGGAAAACCAAGCACUCUGUGUAUUGGGCGGUCUGAUUCAGAGACUCGGCUGAUUGCUUGAACUUUCAAUCAAUGGUUUGCCUGGUCCAGAUUGUUUACUGACCGCUGGGCUAUGGGUAGGAGGUGUGUCAAGGGAUCUACUGUCUUGGCGAGGCAUGAGCUCUCAGACUGCGGACUUCAUUUCACAAUGUGCUACCUGUUAGAACGUUGAAAUGCUCAACAAAAGGAACCAGUGAUUCCAUCAAGUGUUGGUACCAAAUUGUGGGAGAAGACCUUUGCAGACCUGUUCACAUGGAAUGGAUCUGACUACUAAAAGUGACUGGUUACUAUUCACAUUACGUGGAAGUGGUGAUGUUGCAUAAUACUCUAAGUAGAAUAGUUACAAGCCACAUUAAGUCCAUUUUUACAAGACAUGGAAUACUCACGGAACUCGGAAGUGACAAUGGUCUACAGUUUUCGUCAAAGGUGUUUCAAGAGUUUGCAAGAGAAUUGGGACUUACACUCACAAGUAUCAGUCCUUAUCAUUCACAGCCAAAAAGACUUGCAGAGAAAUCUGCUCCAAUUGUGAAGAAAAUGUUGGAGUGAGUGAGUGAGGUAGUUUCACGUCGCUUUUAGCAGUAUUCCAGCAAUAUCGCGACGGGGACAUCAGGAAUGGGCUUCACACAUUAUACCCAUGUUGGGAAUCGAACCCGGGUCUCCAGCGUGACUAGCCACCGCUUAAACCACUAGUCUACCCCACCUCCCCUGAAUGCUAGAGAAAGAUCCUCAUCGCAGUAUACUUGAACACAGAAACACCCUUGGAUGGUAUAACCUGCUCAAAUACUCCUGAGUACACGUCGUGCUGGUUGACAGUGUGUGUCUGUGUAAAUAGUUCCGUUAGCAAUGUGUUGCGGGAUAUUUUUUAAAGCAUUAUUUUUAAAAGUUAUUUUCCAUUUGUAUAUUUUGCGUUUAUGGUGUUCUAGUUAUAAAACAAUGUACACAGUU